GGUCCCGCAGCGGGACCGGGCGGGUCAGCGCUGUCCCGGGACGGGCUGCAUUCUGCUCCCGGUCCCGGAGCCCCGGAGGAGGGCAUGAAGGGAGGCUGUGACCGCGGGGAGGGCAGCAGCUGGCCGGUCUGUGGAGCGGUGAGGAGAUGAAUCGAGGGUUGAUACUGAAGUUAGAGAAUCUGGUGCAGUUACGUGGUGCUUGUCGGCAGCUGUGGACUCUGUCCUACAGGAAAGUUUCCAGAGCACAAUGGAAGCCUGUGCAGUCAUCUGCACAUCCCGUGGGAUCCGUCCUUCUGUAUCCACACUUCUGGCAAGAAGACAAAUCAAUCAGUAUCGCCUUAUCGCAGCGCAGACAUCUAGCUACAAAGGAGGAGAAAAAGAAGAAUAAAAAGAUACUGCUGACGAAAGGUGAAGUGGAGAUAAAGCAGAAGAUGACUAUUGAGGAACUUGCACAAGCUAUGGGUAAAGACGUAGAUCAUAUUUAUGAAGCGCUGCUAUACACAGACAUUGACCUUGAUUCACUAGAACCAGAUUCCAUUUUAUAUGAAGACCAUAUCAAGCUGAUAGUUAAAAAAUCAGGAAUGAAGUAUAGAUCAGCAAAACUGAAAGAGGAAAAAGGAAGAGAAAACACAGAUGCUGUCAAGAGGCCUCCUGCAGACCCAGCAGUACUAACCCCCAGGCCCCCCGUUGUUACCAUCUUGGGCCACGUAGAUCAUGGGAAAACAACCUUACUUGACAGCCUGCGAAAAACUCAGGUGGCUGCAAUGGAAGCAGGAGGCAUCACCCAGCACAUUGGUGCCUUCCUUGUGCAUUUGCCUUCCGGGGAAAAGAUAACUUUCCUGGAUACUCCUGGACACGCAGCUUUUUCAGCCAUGCGAGCAAGAGGUACCCAUGUUACUGACAUUGUCAUACUGGUUGUAGCAGCAGAAGAUGGAGUAAUGCAACAAACUGUAGAAUCCAUUCAACAUGCUAAAAAUGCAGGAGUUCCUCUUAUCCUCGCCAUUAAUAAAUGUGACAAACCUGAAGCUGAUCCUGAAAGAGUGAAAAAGGAAUUGCUGGCCCAUGAUGUGGUCUGUGAAGAGUUUGGAGGUGAUGUUCAAGCUGUAAAUAUUUCUGCGCUCAAGGGUGAAAACCUGGUGGUUUUAGCAGAAGCAACAGUUGCUUUAGCAGAGAUGUUAGAACUGAAGGCAGAUGCCACGGGUCUGGUAGAGGGGACUGUAAUCGAGUCUCGCAAAGACAAAGGGAAAGGUCCACUUACCACAGCCAUCAUCCAAAGAGGAACUCUGAGAAAAGGCUGUAUUCUGGUUGCAGGGAAGACGUGGGCAAAAGUGCGUUUCAUGUUUGAUGAGAAUGGCAAAGCUGUAGAUGCAGCCUCUCCCGGCAUCCCAGUGGAAAUCAUGGGCUGGAAGGAGGUCCCUUCGGCAGGAGAUGAGAUCCUCGAAGUAGAAUCUGAGCAAAGGGCCCAUGAAGUUGUGGCUUGGAGAACCUACGUUGAACAACAGGAGAAGCUGAAAAAGGAUGUGGAAGUUAUUGAGGCAAAGCAAAGGGAGCACAGGGUGGAAUACGAGAAGAAGCACCAGCAGCUAGCCCAUCUGACCUGGAGGCAGAGGAAGGCCGUGCUGUACAAGGCCAACAAGCAUGUCAUGUUUUUAAAGCCUAAAGAGAAAAGAGAGAUGGACGAAAAUGUGCUAUCGGUAAUUGUUAAAGGUGAUGUGGAUGGAUCUGUUGAAGCUAUUCUGAACAUUCUGGACAGCUACGAUGCUGACAGUGAAUGUAAACUGGAUAUCGUUCACUUUGGAAUGGGAGAUAUCAGUGAAACUGAUAUAAGUCUUGCUGAAGCAUUUAAUGGUGUUAUAUUUGGAUUCAGUGUGAAAGCCAAUGAAACUAUUAAACAGCUGGCUGCUAAAAAGGGAAUAAAAAUUAAACUUCACAAUAUCAUCUACAAACUUGUUGAAGACUUGAAAGAGGAGUUGAACAGCAGGCUGCCCCCUUCUGUGGUGGAGAACACAGUAGGGGAAGCUUCUGUUCUCAACAUCUUCUCUGUAACAGUAGGAAAAAGCAAAAUCCCAGUCGCUGGAUGCAGGGUACAGAAGGGGUUGCUGGACAAGAAAAUGAAGUUCAAGUUAAUCCGCAACAAAGAUGUUAUUUGGAAAGGAUCUUUAUCAUCACUGAAGCAUCUUAAAGAUGACGUCCAGGUAAUAAAAGCAGGCAUGGAUUGUGGAUUGAGUUUGGACAAGAAUGUAGAAUUCAUUAUUGGAGAUAAAAUUAUUUGUUAUGAGGAAAAAGAAGUUCCACAGACAACUUCCUGGGAUCCAGGAUUUUAAAAGGCAUUAACACUAAAGGACAUGUAUUGUUCCUGGCUGGCCUUCAACUCUUAACAUUAAAUGGACUUUCAGAGAUGCACAUGAGCUUCUUUAUAUCUGCGGUUAUGUAAAAAUGUCCUGCUUUUAAAUCUUGGCAGCAACCAGCUUACCUCAUUGGAACAUGGGAUAACCUGUAACAAUUGAUAGCAAGCAGCUCAAGUGUGUGAAACCAUUACACUCUGUUUAUGAUGA